AUGCCUUCUGCUGUGCAAAAACCAAGGACGCUGUACGACAAAGUGUUCCAAGACCACAUCGUAGACGAGCGAAGCGAUGGAACUGUUCUCCUCUACAUAGGUGUGUGGUACGGCCUUAGUGAUGAUCAUUGCAGCAAACUGAACUCUUCAGAUCGCCACUUAGUGCAUGAAGUCACCUCACCUCAAGCCUUUGAGGGAUUGAAGAAAGCUGGGCGCAGAGUUCGCAGACCCGACUGCACGCUUGCAACAACUGAUCAUAACGUCCCCACAACUCCACGAAAGAACUUCAAAAACGUGGCCGAGUUUGUCAAGGAAACGGAUUCACGAAUCCAAUGCGAGACAUUAGAAGAAAAUGUUAAGGAUUUUGGCCUUACGUACUUUGGCCUUGGAGACAAGAGACAAGGAAUUGUGCACAUCAUUGGACCUGAGCAAGGAUUUACCUUGCCAGGGACGACUGUUGUUUGCGGUGACAGCCAUACGUCAACGCAUGGCGCAUUUGGUGCCCUGGCUUUUGGGAUCGGUACAAGUGAGGUUGAACACGUUUUGGCCACACAAUGUCUCAUCACCAAAAGAAGCAUGAAUAUGCGCAUCCAGGUUGAAGGCAGACUAUCCCCCGGCGUUUCUAGCAAGGACAUCAUUCUUCAUACUAUUGGGGUGAUCGGCGCUGCAGGAGGAAAUGGGGCUGUCAUUGAGUUCUGCGGUUCUGCCAUCCGACGCCUGAGCAUGGAAGCAAGGAUGUCGAUUUGCAACAUGUCCAUUGAAGCUGGUGCUCGUGCUGGCAUGAUAGCCCCAGAUCAGACCACUAUUGAUUACCUGAAUGGCAGACCUCUUGCGCCGAAGGUUGACAGCAACGAAUGGAAGAAAGCAGCCAAAUAUUGGUUGAGCCUAAGGUCCGAUGACGGCGCUACCUACGAUACUGAAGUCUUCAUUGAUGCCAAGGAUAUAGUUCCAACAGUGUCUUGGGGUACCUCGCCUCAAGAUGUGGUUCCUAUCACAGGUGUUGUGCCAAAUCCUACCGACUUUACAGAUGAGAACAAGAGGAAGAGCGCAGAACGGGCUUUAGACUAUAUGGGACUGAAGGCGGGUACACCAAUGCAAGACAUUGAAAUCGACAAGGUUUUCAUUGGUUCCUGUACCAACUCACGCAUUGAAGAUCUCCGAGCAGCGGCACGAAUUGUUGAUGGUAAAAGGGUUGCAUCAAAUAUCAAACGCGCAAUGGUAGUCCCCGGCUCUGGCCUUAUCAAGGAGCGAGCUGAGGCGGAGGGCCUUGACAAGAUAUUCACUGACGCCGGGUUUGAGUGGAGAGAAGCAGGCUGCUCUAUGUGUUUAGGCAUGAACCCAGACAUUCUAUCACCCCGAGAACGCUGCGCGAGCACCUCGAAUCGGAAUUUCGAGGGCCGUCAAGGUGCCCUUGGCCGAACGCAUUUGAUGUCUCCUGCCAUGGCUGCGGCUGCUGCUGUGGUCGGAAAAUUGGCUGACAUUCGAAAGCUUGCAAAUGAGAAUGCAACACCUGCAAAAGCGUCACCCAAGAUGGAUGUAGCUCCAACCAUUGAGGAUGUUGACAGCGAGGAGGAGCUUGAACGGAUUAUGGACAUUCCGGAAGAUAAUCAGCCACAUGUCAAUGAAGCUGCUAUGAAAGCCGCAAGCGGCUUACCAAAUUUCACCAAAUUGAGAGGAAUCGCGGCUCCAAUGGACAAGGCCAAUGUCGACACGGAUGCUAUCAUUCCAAAGCAGUUUUUGAAGACUAUCAAAAGGACAGGUCUGGGUACUGCGUUGUUCCAUCCUCUGAGAUACAACGAGGAUGGUUCAGAGAAUAAGGAAUUUGUCUUGAAUCAGGAACCAUAUCGGCAAGCAAAAAUCCUGGUGGUGACAGGACCUAACUUCGGCUGUGGCAGCUCACGUGAGCAUGCGCCAUGGGCGCUUCUUGAUUUUGGCAUCAAAUGUGUCAUUGCACCCUCUUAUGCUGAUAUCUUUUUCAACAACACAUUCAAGAAUGGCAUGCUACCUAUAAUCAUGUCAGAUAAGGAUGCUCUCAACAAGAUCGCUACAGAAGCCAAAGCUGGCCAUGAAAUCGAAGUCGAUCUGGUGAACCAAAAUGUGAAAGAUGCACAAGGCAACAAGCUGGCCGACUUCGAUGUCGAGGAGUUUCGAAAACACUGUUUGGUCAACGGCCUGGACGAUAUCGGACUCACAAUGCAAAUGGAUGACCAAAUUAGGAAAUUCGAGAAUAAGAGAACGUUAGAUACACCAUGGUUGGACGGAAGUGGCUAUCUGAAGAGAAACAGAAGUGGAGCUGUGAAGGUUACGGCAGUGCCUGUGCCGACCACGAACAGGGGAGAAGAGAAGACUGAGCCAUUGGAGUGGUGA